AUGUCUCAAAAAUCUACCGAGAAAUAUGAAGUGGGUGCCGAGGUGCAUCCUGUCCAGACCCCUAAAGACUUUAUCACCUACACAUCCGAGGAGGAAAGAGCUGUUGUCAAGAAGAUUGAUCUCUAUGUCUUACCAUUGAUGUGCUUGGUGUUUUUCUCGCAAUACUUAGACAAGACAUCGUUGUCAUAUGCAGCUAUUUUCGGUGUCCGGACCGAUCUCAACCUCGACGGAGACCAGUACAGUUGGUUGACCUCCGGUUUCUACAUUGCUCAGCUUGGAUCUCAGUUUGUCUACAUGUACGCUUUGAGUUUGUUUCCAAUCAAAACAGUGACCAGCGGAUGUAUCAUUAUCUGGGCCGCGGUCUGUAUGUUACACGCUGCUCCUCACAAUUUCGCUGGCUUGAUGACUUUAAGAGCCUUCCUUGGUUUUUUCGAAGGAUGCGUGUCGCCGUCGUUUGUGAUUGUAACAUCAGUUUACUAUAAAAAGGCGGAACAUAGUUUGAGAACCGCUAUCUGGAUUUCUUGCAAUGCAAUUGCUCAAAUUAUCGGAACAUAUCUAUUCUAUGGUAUCGGCAAAGGGGAAGACUCUAUUGCCAUGGAAGCAUGGAAACUUGGAUUUUUAGUCUGUGGUGCGUUCACUUUGGUGGCUGGAGUUCUGUUCUGUGUGUUGAUUCCGUUGCACCCUUCAACUGCCUGGUUCCUCAACGAACGUGAACGAGAAAUAGCCAGCCAUAGAAUACUUGCCGAGUCCGACCGUGGUGAGAAAGACAGCUGGAACUGGGGUCAAGCAAAGGAAUGUCUAACUGAUUGGAUCACAUGGAGCUCUUUCCUGUUCGGCUUUUUGAUCACCGUUACGUCGGGACCGAUCUUGUUUUCUACAUUGAUGAUCAAUGACUUCGGUUACGACAAGUUCAAGACAAUGGAAUAUUCCUCGCCAUCAGGUGCAAUCCAAUUCUUAGUGAUUUGGAUAGGAGUUGGAAUGUUGCUGAUGAUUCCAAAACAAAGAUGCAUAGUUAUCAUGAUUUUGACACUAGUACCAUUAGCAGGAAAUAUCAUGCUCGUUUGUAUGCGUCACAGCAGUGGAUGGGGAGUCAUCACUGGGGGCUGGCUCGGAUCUUGUAUCACCUCGUUCUAUUGCAUCCUUCUCAGCUUGAACGCUUCCAACGUCAGAGGUAACACCAAGAAGUCGAUCGUGAAUAAUGCUUUUUAUGUGGGAUACGCACUAGCAGGUAUCGUCUACCCUCAAUGGUGGGACUACACGAAGGAUCCUACAUAUUUCACAGGAUUGGUUGCAAACAUUGCGUUCUGGGGAGUCUUUGAGCUCAUCGUUUUUGGAUACAGGUUUAUGUGUAUCAGGGAGAAUCGUCGUCGUGAUCGACUGCAGGCAGAAGGCAAGAUCCCAGAUUAUGAUCCAGACCAUGAUCUUACUGAUAAACAGGAUCUAUAUCACCGCUAUAGUUACUAA